CCGAGCCCCAGGGUCACAUCGAAAUUCUUUACCAAAAAAAAUAAAAUAAAAUUAAUUUUUAUUUUUUAUUGGCCCGGUCGGGUCACGUGAGGUGCCCACCAUGGGGUGGUGGAGGGUAUUGCAGGUACUCUUCUGUUUAAUUGCCCAUUUUCAGAGGACGGCUGCAGCAACAGCACGUCGCGAUGUGCUCGCUCUUCGAGCGAUUUGCGAUGCGUUUGGCAAUCCGAUGUCGUUGGUGGACUGGGACGGAGAUGACCCAUGCGGGCAGCAAUGGACCGGCAUUACUUGCGAUGAGUACACGCCACAGAAUGUCGUUGCGUUAUCGUUGGACGGGCUGGAUUUGUUCGGAGUGAUCCCGUCAGUGAUUGGUAACCUGUCCUCUCUUCGGGAGCUAUGGCUCAACGACAACGAACUGAGUGGGCCCAUCCCACCAGAAAUUGGCAGCUUGAUUGAGCUACGCAGCAUAUGGCUGAACGGCAAUAAGUUAACUGGCAUGAUUCCUUUCGAGUUCUCCAAGUUGGUGAAACUACAAAGCCUGCUGUUGCUGUCUAACAAUCUCUCUGGGGAGAUACCAGAAGCUCUUGGGUUGGUGGGAUCAACGCUUACAAUCUUGCAAAUACAAUAUAAUAACUUUUUUGGGCGUAUCCCCAGUGGCUUGCGCAGCGUACCUAACCUUAGGUACGACAAUGAUUUGGUGUGCGGCAAGAGUGGGGAUCCAGCUUGCUCAUUGUACCCGUUGGCUGGGGAUCGUGAUUCUCCUCAAUCAGGGAACGGAGCUACACCACCCUCUUCCUCUCCUUCCUCCAGAACCCCAAAUACCAUCCCUGCAUCAGGCAACUGCGAGAGCUUUUCAACAUCCUCUUCAUCACAUGCUAGUGGCUCUGAGCUCUCCCCAUAUCCCACUUCCAACGCCUCGAACGUUACUCCUCUGUCACAGUCCAGUCACUCAUCUGGUCCUCCACCUUGUCACUCUUCUUCCCCGGACGAGCUACCAUCGCCGCAUGACGUGAAUAUGUCCUCGGCGAUGUCUUCUGCCACUCCUCCAGUGGAUCCGUCGAUAUCAAGUGGCUCGUCUGGUGCUUCCUCCCCAACGGCAUCAAUCUCUCAACCUCUCCCUGUUGCUGUACCCUCAAUGUUUCCAUCCCUCGCAACUCCAUCCCUUGAGUGGAAUUCGUCAGAUGCUUAUGCAUCAGCCUCUCAUCCAGACUACAGUGAGACACCGAUGCUUCUACCACCAUCAAGCUCCUCGCCAUCAAGCGACCCACCAUCGAGCUAUCCGCCACCCUGUGCCAAUGAGGGGUUGUGGACCUGUGGAUGUGUCGGUGGGAUUAUUGGAAAACAGCGAUGCGUGAUUGGAGAGGAGGAUGAAGUUUGCAGCUGCCGCUCUAAGUGCUCCCCUUGCCCGUUGGGAGAAUAUAUCCGUCCAGUUUCUCUCAAUUCUCAGCUGGAGGAUGGGGCAGCACCUUCUAUCUUGCAGGCAUCUUUGCAUGAUGUAACCAGCAGCACCAGUGGAGCAGACCCCUCGAUGGCAAGUCAAACGCCUCCACAAGGGAGCUCUCCUCUACAGACACAGAUCGCCAGUGAUUCAGAUCUAUCUUGUGAAUGUGUUUACCCAAUGCUUGUGCGGCUUCGACUUGUGAACUGGACGUUUGCUAACUAUCUUCCUGACGAUGAGCGAAAGAUUCUUGAGGAGCUUGCUGUGCGAAUUCAACUUGUUCCUGCUCAGGUUGUGGAGACCAUUCCGUAUGGGUUACUGGGAGGAGCGAAAGCAGCGGAGUGGGUGGCAAGGAGCGCAGUGAUUGUAGUUAAAGUCGAAGCUUUCGCAUGGAAGCCAGAAUAUACGGAGGAAAAGAUAGCACAAGUGGUGCCAGGCCCACGCGGGCGUCGGAAGAACAGGGCGCUGCAUGAGGGCAGCGUCAUAGCCGGAAGAGGCUUGGAUGGUCAGUGGGAUAAGGCGGUGGUCAUUGGUGGAAGGGGCGAUGUGGGUGAAGAAGACGAGGGGUUGUCGUUCUCCGAAGAUGAGAUGGCUCGCAUCAAACAACAGCUGGAGGCAGGGAGUGUGAGCGCCGCUAAUGGAUCAGAAGAGGGUUCCACUGCCAAUCCGUACCUUGUGGAGAUGGUACAAGAACCUGUUGGGAGAAAUGCCCCAAGUUUAUCCCAGUGGGCUCCAACAGCCCCUAAGAGGGCCAAGAAGAAAAAUGCUCUGGUGCUUCCGACAUUUGUGCUGCUUAACAUCAUGCUGGCCUCCCUAGUGGCAGGAGUGGGGUAUUGCGUUUAUCGGCAACGAGGGUGGUUUGUGAAGCGGCAAGGAUUUGUCAAUCUUGUUAGUGACAAUGUUUCCAAUGCCGGGAGCUUUCACAGUCUGAAGAGCCAAGGCUCAAAUGGUGAUGACGUCGAAGCUCAAGGGGGCACUAUGAAAACGAGUCGCUCAAAUGCUAUGGCUGAACUUAAACAAAUCCAGGAAGGCAUCAUGGCCAAGGCGUUCCGAUUUCAGGAGCUAUCAGCUGCCACUGGUGGCUUUGACAAGAGCCAUCUGCUUGGGUCCGGAGGAUUUAGCCGUGUUUUCAAAGCAAAACUGAAAGAUGGACAGAUUGUUGCAGUGAAGAUUCUGGAUCACCGUCCUGGCCACCAGGAAGACAAAGAGUUUUUGAUGGAGGUGGAGCUUCUGAGCCGGCUUCAUCAUGUCCACCUUGUGAAGCUGAUCGGGUAUUGUGCUGAACGCAACGAAAGGCUGCUGGUUUAUGAGUUCUUGCCAAAUGGUACUCUGAGAGAGCAUCUAAAUGGAAGCCGUGGUAGGCGGCGGCUUCACUGGGAACCUCGCGUCUGCAUUGCUCUUGGUGCUGCACGUGGUCUUGAAUAUCUUCACGAGGCUGCCCAUCCACGUGUCCUCCAUCGGGAUUUUAAGAGCAAUAACAUUCUGCUGGACACAAAGUGGCGGGCAAAGGUUGCGGACUUUGGGAUGGCAAAGGCAGAUAGAACGGAGAGCGGUCAAACGUCUCCAGCUUUGACUAGAGUACUUGGAACGUUUGGCUACUUUGCUCCAGAGUAUGCGAUGCUUGGACGUGUCAGCACGAAAUCCGAUGUCUUUAGCUUUGGUGUUGUCUUGUUGGAGCUUAUCUCAGGACUUGCGCCAGUCGACAUGAAUCGGCCAAGGGGACAAGAAAGCCUUGUGCUUUGGGCUACUCCUCUUCUCCAGGACCCAAAGCGCGUCUUACACGAACUUGUCGACCCGAAGCUGAAGAACCGAUUCCAUCCUGAGGAUAUGCAGAAGAUGGCACUCUUGGCGUGGGUUUGCCUGCAGCCCGAUCCCGAUGCAAGACCUGCUAUGCCUGAUGUUGUUCAGGUGUUGCAAUCACUCCUUCCCGAGAGGCGCCGAAUUGAUCCUUCAAACUCCUUUGGGAUGUUUGAUCUGAGCUGUGGACAAAGUAUGAGUGCUCAGAUUUCUCAGAGCUUCUCGGUUCCUGGGGGUGAAUAUUCUUACAUGGGAAGGCAUCACCAGCGGUGCCGAAGCUGUUCGCGGAUCCUUCCUGACAGCCAGAAUGUCUCUCCAUCGAGCGCGCUAUCCGAGGAAGUGGAAACACAGAAGUCAGGGAGCAGUGGCGGCGAUCCUAGUUGUGGCAGCCCCAUUUGCGCUGCCCUGAAUGCUGCCAGAAACUCCCUUGCGCCGUCAACGGCACAGCUCAGAGCAUCGCUCUCAGCCCUACCCUCUGCAUCAAACAGUUGUGCCGGUUAUCUGAGUGCUACGUCCACGCUGCGACGAAAUGAGAGCCGUCGAUCUUGGCAUGGACCAAGCAGUGGAGAGCGGGGCUCUGCGGCCGGCCCAAGCCGACUCAAAAGCAGCAGUGAUGCCUCAUCAGGAGAGCGAGCAAGUCAUCAUGGAAGCCCCGACAGCUUGACCGGGCCUGUGUGAGCUACUUGCAGGAUGACUCAAAAGUACAUGGAACAUUGUUCGGGGUACUUUAACAUAAGUGAGGAAAAUGCAUUCCUGGAAUUGCUCUCCAACUCUGCGAUGGCCUGUGGUGCGGGUGCGGACCUGAUACUCGGCAAAAUGACGCUGAAAUGGACAGGUGGAAACUUCCAGAAUGCACAGGAUGGGUCAAUAUCUUCCCUCUGGAUUUGGAGUCAGGGUGAGUAUACCAAGGCACUUGAGAUCACCAUGUUGAAGGAUCUCGGCAAAAUGACGCUGUGAGGGCAUACUCACACUAGGACUUUUUCACUUAUUUAUGGACACAUUGGUGGUCAGAUACGUCCGAGUAAAGCGCGAUUACAGUC